CUCACAUUCAAGAGAGAAACCCGGCAAGUGGCAAGCCUCGCCCCUGAAGUGAGGAUCCUAUAUUCUUUCUUCCUCUUCAUCUGAAAUUUAAACUCGGCUGAAGAAGCACCAACAUCUAAAUUUAGUAGCUAUGGCCGAACAAACCGAAUCCCAAAAGGUCCAGGAAACCCUAAACCCCAAUGCAAAUGACAAAAACCUCAACUCUGAGGAAGCCACCUUAGAAUCCGACUCCGGCGCCUUGGGUGGCACAGAAUCAACCGUCACUAAUCACAAUGCGGCUGAAACUUCGGCUUCGGCUUCUGACGUCGAUUGUGAAAGGUCCCUGGAGCAUGCGGACGAGUUGUUGCAGCAGGGAUACAAGGCAAUGAAAGAGAACGAUUUCAGCGAGGCAGCUGAAAACUUUAGCCGUGCUCUUGAGAUCAGAGUUGCCAAGUUUGGUGAACUUGCUCCUGAAUGUGUCCACACUUACUACAAAUACGGGUGUGCGCUACUAUACAAGGCCCAGGAGGAAGCUGACCCCUUGGCUGAUGUUCCCAAGAAGGAGGGUGAAUCUCAAGAAGGCUCCACUAAAGAUGGGUCUGUUAAGAAUUCUGCAGCUGAAUCUUCCACAACAUCUAUUUCAAGCAAUGCUGAGCAGGAUGUGAAUUCAAAUAACCAGGAUGCAGCAUUAGAUGAUGCAGCGUCGACAAAGGAGGACCAAGAAGAUGACAAGGAUAGUGAUGAUGAGGACUUGGCUGAAGGUGAUGAAGAUGAGUCUGACCUGGAUUUGGCCUGGAAAAUGCUUGAUAUUGCAAGAGCCAUUGGUGAAAAGCACUCUAGCAAUACUUUGGAACAUGUGGACAUAUUGUCAGCAUUAGCAGAUGUUGCACUGGAAAGAGAGGAUUUUGAAACAUCUCUCAGUGAUUACAAGAAGGCAUUGUCUAUCCUAGAGCAGCUGGUUGAACCAGACAAUAGAAAAAUUGCUGACUUAAAUUUCCGUAUAUGUUUGUGUCUGGAGGUUAAUUCUAAGCCUCAAGAAGCGAUGUCAUAUUGCCAGAAGGCUGUGUCUGUCUGCAAGGAACGAAUAUACCGCCUCGCAAAUGAAGUCAAGAGUCUCCCAGAAUCUGAUAAUUCAAUUGCAGAUAAACAAGCAGAGAUUGACACACUCACAGGUCUCUCAAGUGAGUUGGAACGGAAGCUUGAAGAUCUGCAACAGCUGAUUUCGAACCCAAAAUCAAUUCUCUCUGAGAUUCUUGGAUUAGCAGCUGCCAAGGUAGGUGCAGGGAGGGCACCAUCAUCUUCAGGAGUAAGUUCUUCACAAAUGGCUACUGCUAAUAGCAGUGGAGGUUUUGACUCUCCAACUGUUUCCACUGGUCAUUCAAAUGGAUCUACUGGAGUCACGCAUCUUGGUGUGGUAGGAAGAGGGGUUAAGCGAACUUCGAGUGCCAGCAUGACAGAAGCAAACCCAAUGAAGAAACCAUCGCUAGAAUCAUCCAGUGAUAACAAUGAUGGACGGACCUCUUGAUCUAUUUAGGUCUUAGGGCUAAUAUGCGGAGAUUUUAUUUGGAAGGUACUUAAAAAUCAUGGAGGCUUUCUGAAUUAAUGGAGAGAUAAAUCAUGACAAGCUGCAUAAUUGACUUCUUAUCGGAGAUUAGUACCAUUCCAUUAUUUCCCUCCUUAGAAUGGAUUAUACAUGCAUCUAAAUGAUCAAUCAUUUGUGCUUAUCUCUUGUAGUGUAAUUGUGGAUUGUUUUCAAGUAUGUUGAACAACUUAGAUUCGAUAUGCAUAUGAACCAUCAUGCAUUUGUUAUCUGUCA